UUUCACACGCCCCCUCAACCCCUGACCACUGGCAAGGUUUCCCCACCAAGUCCCGGCCCAGCCCAGACGCCCAUUCGCCCUGCCCGCGACGCGAUGCUGUGUAUCUGGCCAACCCGGGCGCCGGCACGCAUUCUCCAGCGGCGUCCUAUGCAUGCCCUCGGCCCCAGAUGUUUUCUUUUCUGGCUCGAUUCGCUCGCACUGCAUGCAACACUGCAUGCAACAGCGUGCUUUAGCCUGCAUCGUGGCUCUCUUUCUCCGCCCGUCACCUGCGCCGUCUCACUCCUUCUCAAAGUGCCGCUCACCAAGCUGCAGACGAUCUUUUCCGUCUCCUCAGACGUCUGCGUAUGACUGACUGCUUCCCUCCGUCUUUCUGCCGCCUUCAUUUUCGUCUCGCGUCAUAGGCCCGCCACUCACUGCCUGUCUCGUGCCGAAUCAACUGUUCGUCCCGCCCCCAGCAAACGAGCGCUGUCACCCGGCUGCUCCAGCACCUCGAUAGUCUACGCCCGCGACUUUCCUCCGAGCCGACAUGGCCACCUCGCACGAUGAGCCGCCCACGUUCCGCCGCGACUCGCCGUCCCCGGAUCUCGCCCCGACGCCUGCCCUAGGCGCCUGCCCGGAGCUGUCCCGCUGCCUCUCCACAGCCUCCUCGGCCUCCCAUGGCUCUGAGUCGCUUGGGGGUGCCAGCGAUCUAUCGGCCCUCUCGCGUCAUUCUUCGGGUAGCUUUCAGGCGGCCUCCCGCAAAUCCGAUGUCAACCGGAGCUCCAUCAUGAGCAUGGACCGCCCCGCAGCCAAGAGGAGAGGCUACAUGCGCCCGCAGGGCACCGACUUCGCCGCUAGCGCUCGCCAGCGAGAGAGCGUCCUCAGCCUCGGAAGCAUCACUCACCUUCAGUACUACUUCGCCCGGACCGGUCUGCUCGACGGCAAGGGCGGCCAGCUCUCCCGCAAGCGAGACCGAAAGGCCCGGACACUGGACUUUUCCCAGCUUGACAGCUCUUCCUUCUUGGUCCCCAAGUCUCGUUCGGCCACCGAUGUUGACGCUAUCGCCUCUCUGGGUAGCAGCCCUGACCUUGGGCUUACUGGCCAGGGCUUCGUCGAGUCCCCCACCACCGACCAACACCCGGACGUGUUUGACGACGACAACGAUGACUUUUACAUGGACGAGUAUGACGAUCCAGACGCCGCCGGCAUGCUGCCUCCAACUGCGAGCACAUACAACCAUCGCGAGAAGCCGCUUCCGAAACCGCCUUCCAUGCAAGAGCUCCGUGUCGAACUGUCAACCGCGCUAGACACAGCUGCCAAGUCGCUGACCGAGGCGCGCACUGCCAAGGACCCAACACACAUCUCCAGCCAUACCAAGCCAGUCGAGAGCCCACAGCAGCAGGCGCAGGAGCAGGAUGGCAAGAGGUCAAGGUCACAGACAGGCGGUGGCUGGCACGAGGUUCAAGGCGUCCAUAUCCUAGAUGUCGUGACGCUGGCCAUCCGGGCCGCCAAGGUCUACUAUACCAGCCACGACCACCCGGACAGGCUCGACUCGAUCAAAUCGGAAAAGGUAGUACGGGGCGAGCUGCUAUCUGUUAUGGAUGUUCUCAAACGCAUGGCCACACGCAACUUCCUUGGUGGUAUGCGCGAGGAGGAGUUCGGCAUUAUGGAGUCGUGGAUCGCCAGCUUGCGGGAUAUGCUGCGUCGUGAAGACGAAAUCGUUGCUGCCGAGCGUGCCGAGCGCGCUGGAUGGACCUGGCUCCGUGAUGCCGAUUGGGCCGAUCCUGCCAGGCGUGUCGACCGUGAAUUCGCCUUCAUCCAGUCGCUUCUAGCUGGGGGCGGCGCUUUUGCUCUCAGCUCCAGGUCCAGGGCAAGUGGCAGCGGCGCCUACUCUCCCGGAGCCACCACUCCCCUCGCAACCACCCCUACCACAGCCACCUUCGUCCUUCCGGGACUUGUCCCCGCGUCAUCAACAGGAUCCUCGGGCGUGGUGACACCACCGCCCGAAGAGGACGAGCCCCUGCCCGCUUGGACCCCGAUCGACAGGGACGCCCCGCUGGAGUCGCAGGAGCUCCCCACGCCUUUCCUCAAGGCGAUGCAAAAUGGCCGCUGGCUGGUGCGGCUGCACAAUGCGGCGGUGCGUAAGUCGCAGCGUCGCUUUGGUGCCAUUGGGAACUACCACAUCGACACCCAGAAGCCGUAUCGUUGUGCCGACAACCUGAGAUACUGGGUGAAGGCUGCAGAGUUGCGCUGGGAGAUCCAGCUGCGCGAUGUCGACGCGCUUGCCAUAGUUUAUGACAACUCGGGCCCGGCUGUCUGGCUCGCCUUCGAGGACGCAAUCCUAGAGUGGUGUCGCAAAGUACGCGAGGAGAUUACCUCUGAGCUACGCACCUCUGGUCUUCUUUAGGGUUGCGUCAUUUUUCUCCCAGAGAUAUUCUCUUCCAUGUCCCACGGCCCAGUCAUGCCUGGCACAACUUCGUUCUUUCUCCCAACCCGCCCUGUCCCAAAAUCUCACUCGGCACCUAAUGCUUCACUUACAACUUUAAUAUCCCAUCCCUCGCAAGGGGCAACGUGCAAAGCCACGCCAAAACAUUAUGACCGAUAGGAUUCGACUUGCGCACUCACGAUAGAGCCACACCCGUUCUUCUCCUUGAAUCUUUUCUGACCUGUCAUCCGACCUUGACUUAUUUUGGCAUCAACGCCCUUUCCUUUUUUUUUCUCUAUAUCUCUCUCUCGGUCUGUCGCUGCUGGAUCCGUUUGGAUGCCUCGCUCUUUGAUCUGGGUCGAACCAAAUUGGAACUAUACGAUCAGCCCGCCCUCGGAUAUUGGCGAGCUUGCGGAUGGGGACCUCCCACGAAGGUCUAUCGACACGAACCAUACACAAACACCACUCGACUUCAAGUUCGCCCAUACUCCUGCACGCAGUUUCUUGCCUCCUGUUCUCUUCCCCCUUCACGACGGCUCUGAUCUUGUCUCGCAUAUACCCCCAGCAUUUGUUGAAGCGUCUAUCAUCACUCGACAAAAGCCUGUUCUGGUUUUAUUGGUCGGUUUAUCUUCAGCCGCAACAUGACUUUACCAUGUUCUUCUUAUUCCGUCUCGAUGAGACCUAUUUUUCUUCCGCUUUCUUUCUGUAUCCCUGUCUCUUCCUCGCGCAUCCCUAGGCCCAUUGGCGGGAUUGGCUCGGUUCAUAUCGGACUUCUUCCUUUUUUUUUUUUUUUUGUUGAUUACUCAAUUGUAUAGGAGGUUGGUAUUGGGGAGGGAGGUAACUACAUAGACAGACACCUCGGCAACAAUGACGGCAAGAUUGUCUAAGCCUGUCCCUUAAUAAAUCCAUCGUCCUACUAGAAAUGC